CAUACAACGAAAUCCGCACCUUUCUUGCAAGGUUACUAAGUAAUUGCACCAAAUGCCUGCGCCUUCUAGCGGUGUAGUGCCUGUGGAGACGGCCCACGAUGAUAUGAUCCAUGAUGCACAACUGGACUACUACGGCAAGCGUCUAGCCACCUGCUCGUCCGAUCGGACCGUCAAGGUAUUCGACAUCGUAAACGGUAGUCCCAGCAAGGCGGCCAGUCAUACGCUUAAAGGCCAUACCGGACCCGUCUGGCAAGUUGCGUGGGCACACCCGAAGUUCGGAAAUAUGUUGGCGUCUUGUUCUUACGACGGUAAAGUUUUCAUCUGGAAAGAGCAAGCGCAGGGAACAACGUCAGGCGAAUGGACCAAGAUUGAGGAGCACGCACUUCAUACCGCGUCAGUGAACUCCAUCUCCUGGGCUCCCCACGAACUUGGUGCCAUCCUGGCUUGUGCGUCUUCGGAUGGAAAGAUAUCAGUUCUUACUCUCAAAGAUGACAGCAAAUGGGUCCCGGACAUAUUCAAUGCUCACGCUAUAGGCUGCAAUGCUGUAUCUUGGGCCCCAGCAACUCAUCCAGGCUCACUCAUACUCCCUCAACAACCAGGAACUCAUCAACCUUCGGCCUUCAAAAGGCUCGUCAGCGCAGGUUGCGAUAACCUUGUUAAGAUCUGGUGUUUCCGCGAAGAGACGCAGUCCUGGGUAGAGGAAGAGAGACUAGAAGGGCACACAGACUGGGUGCGCGACGUAGCCUGGGCACCCAAUAUCGGCCUUCCGAGGAGCUAUAUCGCCACCGCCUCUCAGGACAAGACAGUGCUGAUCUGGACUAAAGAUUCGCCGACGUCUCCAUGGGUUAAAACAGCCCUGGAUCCUUCCGCCUCCACCACUCCGAAUCCUGCAGGUAAAUUCCCGGACGUUGUUUGGCGCGUUUCUUGGAGCUUGGCGGGAAACAUCCUCGCGGUGAGCUGUGGUGACGGCAAAGUUACACUGUGGAAAGAAAAUUUGCAGGGCAUAUGGGAAUGCGUGAGCGACCUCGCGAGCUGAUUACGUUUUGGAGCUCAGACAUGGAGAUAAUAUUGAUUGUUGCUUUCCACAAUCAACUUCCACUCAUGACAGGAUUGUUUCG